AAAAAAGCGAGUUAAGUAGUGCCGCCUUGACUUUGCGUUGGCAAAAUUACAAGAGGAUCUAUUUGUGUACCAGUUAGUCAGUGAAAACCUUUUCGGUGCCAAGCAAUAGAACGGAAUUCGCAGGAAGGUGAUUAACACACAAUUUCUCCACAAUUUUCCUGAUGAUUUGCUUUCUUGUUAAAAAUCUAUAAAAAUCAUUGGAGUAAACAGAAAAUAUUUUGAAGUGAAUUCCCGUUUUCCAAGUGACAAAACAAACAAUGCCUCUUUAUAUGCCUGUACCAUUGCUUCUGGCUACAUCAAUGCAUGCUGCUGCUGGCCUUGUUAUAAAUGCUUUGACAUUGACAAAUACCCAAAGGGAGAUCCUCAAAGAUGACAAAGUCAAACUUAUAUUUCAAAAUUACUUAUCCAAUUUACCUGUGUCUCUGAAGGAAAAACUUCUAUAUUACAUUUUGGAUUUAGAUGAACUUGAAGCUUCAGUCAGAUACAGAGCAUUAUUAUUAAUUUUAUGCCCACAAAUGAAAUCUCUUUGUCCUGGAAUUUUUCCUCAGACAUACUUCACUCGAGUUGCCCAUGUAAUAUGUUGUCAGGGAACAACACUAGAGUCGCUUGAUUUGCGAGGUGUGUGGUUGAAAGGUGAUUUAUUGGGGGAAUUGCAGAAUAUUCUUCAGAGCCUCAAAAACUUACGAGAUUUGCAUAUACCUCACAUGGCAACUGAUGCAAUAUUGAACACAAUAGGUCAAUACAAUACAUCAUUACAAAUUUUGGAUAUUAUGGGUGAAUGUAAUGUAACAGAAGCUGGGAUUGAAUCAUUGUGCAAUAGUGGAAACUCAGUUAUCACCCAUAAUUUACAAUUUGUGCUUUUAGGUAAUCCUGGAGGGGAUGAGGUAUCUCCAAGUACUGUGUCACUGCUUAUUAAAUAUUUACCAAAAUUACAGUCUUUGGGAUCUUACCCCAAAGUAGGAGAAGCAAUUGAGUAUUUGAUCCAAGAAAACAGUGAUAUCACUACUAAUUUAAUUCAUUUACAUGAUUCUUAUACAGAUUUAAACAGAAUUUGCAUUCUAAUUAAAACAACACCAAUGUUAGAUUCAAUAUUUAUUGAUCAUCCUUCUGAUGGUGUGAUUUCUCAUUUAUGUGAAUUUUCUCACUUGACUAAAGUUAAGUUUCAGAGAUUUCAGCUCAAUGAGUUUUUCAGAUUCAUUGAUAAAGUUGGAAGAAAACUCUUAACAAUGGAGUUAAUGUUUGGAUCAGGAAUUUUAGACUUUGCUUCAUUGAGUAAGCAAUGUCCAAACUUAGUGAAAUUUACUUGCUAUAAAAUGGAUUGCAUUAGACACUUUGAUAAAGUUGAAUUUCCUUAUUUAAAAAAUUUUGGUGUUUACUAUUCUGAUAUCAGUCCAUCAUGUGUUAAAAGUGUAAUGCUAGCUUCACCAAAUAUGGAGAAAUUAAGCCUUGGAGAUUUUCUUGAAAUUACUGAUGAUGACAUCAUUGAAAUUUUUACAACAAAAGAAUUCACAAAACUGAAACAUAUUUGGUUUGCAAAUGCCGUUUAUUUGACAUCUGUGAGUGUCCAAAUUUUAAUUGAAUGUUGUCCAAAUUUAGUAAGUUUAGGAGAACUUAGUGGUUGGAAUAUGACACAAACAGAAACAAUUAUUUUCAAGGAAGCAAUUGAAACAGAAAAUCUUGCUCUUAAAAUUAUUGAUUAUUUCAAUGACUAAAUCAGUAAAAAAUUCACAAUAAUUUGAAGUGCUUUUGCCAAUAGGAAAAAGACAUUUUUAAAAAAAUUAUAUACUGUAUAGGCUAUUUAGGCAUUCCAAUUUAUGAUUGUAAAGUCACAGAAAAAAAAUUUCAAUUCUUAUAGAACGAUAAAGACUUUUACUUAAUUGAAUUGGUUUGUGACAUAUUGUAUCAAUAUCGUUGCAACUAUGAGCCAGAAUCAUUAUUAUGGUCAAGAACAUGUUAAAACAUAAAUAGAAUUAACCUAGACAUAAUGGAUAUUAAGAUAAAUAUAGGUGUAAGUUCCAGAAAUGGUUUUCCUCGAGGUUGACUGUUGGUUAUAUCACUGCAUAUACCUGCAGUAAAGAAUGUAUGCAACAGUUCUUUUAUGGCAUUUUGUGGUGAAACACAUGAUGAUGUUUGUGAUGAUGCUCUUGUACUGCAAGAUGCCAAGUUAAUUGUUAGAUGGCUGAAACAAGAGAUGAAAAAAUA